GCGAUCGCAGAUGGCGCGGUGCCCGCCCGCCGCGGUCUUGGGCUGCUGCCGCAGGCGCAGCCCUUGCGGCGGCCCUCCUGGUCGCGUUCUCCCCGGCCUGCAGCCUCGCCGGCCACGGCAGGCGCGGGGAGGGCGACGGGGGCCCCUCCGUCGCGGCGGCGGAGCCGACCGCGAGGCCGUUCGUCGACGUCACCUUCCAGGAGUACACCUACGUCGACAUGCCGCAGAGGGUUGUGAAGAUCUUCGUGCCUGCCGCGGCGGAAGUUGCUAGGUGGUGGGCCGGUGUCCCUUGGGCCCAGGGCGUGAAGUACGCCUACUGGAUAGGGCGCUCUCCGGAAGGCAACCCGAGCCUGCUGCGCGUGCUCGUCCGCGCGGAGGGGCGGCCGCUGGCAGUGGACGGCGUGCAGGCGUCGGGCUUCACCACGGCAGUGGAGAUCCCGCCCGCGGUCACGGCGCCCACAGACUGCAAGAUUGCCCACGUCCUGGUGGACGUGGCCGCCGAGGGGCUGGCGCUCCUGGCGGGCUGGUGCUUGUUGUUCGCCACCGUCAUGUGUUUCUCCUUCGUCUUCAUGGUGCUCUGUUCGUACCUGCACAGGCGCUGCUACUACUGCACCCGGCGCUGGCGCCGCCUGUGCUGGCUCUGGGCGCUGGGGAAGCGCCCGGCCUCAUGGGGCGGCGAGGCCUUCAGCCGCGGCGGGCCCUGCUGCAUCUGCCUGGGGGCCUGCGACCGGUCUGGCGAGGCCCUGGUGGCGAUCGGUCGGCUGGAUCCGGAGCCCGACGCCGAGGUGGGUUCAGCCACGCGUGCUUGCGGCUUCCUGGCAGGCUGUUGUGCGAAGGGCGUCCAGUCGCCGCUGGUCCCCGCAGAGUGUCCAGCCGAGGUGCCG